AUGCAUUUCGCAUACCCACCACGAAAGAGCUCGAACCCGCCUCCCUUCAAGGCGAGAUCCUCAAGAAUACCACCAGUUCUUCGACGCAGCAGGCUCAAGGCCAUCGCAGCAGGCGCCCUUGUAUUCUUCGGCUUCAUAUACCUUCUCUCUGGAGCCUUCAAGUCACCCAGUGGUCCUCGAGUACCCUCUGGCGACCCACCAGCGGUAAUAGUGACGGUGCUGGAUGAAAACAACUACAGCAAUAAAUAUCUUGCAAGCAUUCGCGACAAUAGGAAACAAUAUGCGCAGCUACACGGCUACGAGGUGAUGUUUGUAAAGGCGGGCGAUUACGAUCUGAACGGAUCUCCAUCAUCAUGGAACAAAGUGGUGUCGCUGAGGCACGCAAUGACAAAGUUCCCGGAAGCCAGAUGGUUCUGGUACCUCGAUCAAGACGCUUACAUCAUGGACCCGGAGACGUCUCUAGAGAACCUGGUGUUGAAGUCGGACAUGCUUGAUACUUUGAUGGCCAGGGAUCACCCGGUUGUGCCCCCUGACAGCAUCAUCAAAACAUUCCCUCAUCUCAGAGGCGACGAUAUCGAUUUCGUUGUCACGCAAGACAGGGAGGGUCUAUCUUCGAGCAGCUUCUUCAUUCGGAAUGGCGAAUGGGCGAAGUUCUUCAUCGACACCUGGUUUGACCCGCUGUACCGCAGCUACAACUUUCAGAAGGCUGAGGGUCAUGCUUUGGAACACAUUGUACAAUGGCAUCCUACCAUCCUUUCGAAACUCGCCAUCGUGCCGCAGAAGACGUUCAACUCUUACAAUCGAUAUGACAAGGGAGAGAUCUACAAGGAUGGUCACUUUGUUGUCCGCGCAGCUGGUUGCACAAGCACUGGAGAGCGGGCUUGCGACGAGGAGCUAAGCAGUUUCAAGACGAAGUGGCAGGCGGCCUUCAAGGCGCAGUAG